UCGUCUCGCAAGAUGGAAGAGGUUGGCGGGUUCAGUUACGAGGAGUGGUGCAAGAGACGCGAGUGUGUGGCUGUUCCCACCGAGACCAUUGCUCCCAAAUCGUCCAUCUCAAAUCGUUCGACUCAGAGUCAGAGCGAGGUGUCUGAUCAAGACAACGCUUACCGUUACGUUGCUAUGAGAGAACCUGGUCCUCAAGACGCUGUCCCUGUCGCCUAUGCUCUUUAUCCUCAACCUGGUUACACUUACAUGUAUCCACCUCAACCAUUCGCAGCCAUGACAGCACCUCCAGCUCCCUCACCUGCUCCACCUGCACCUACAGCUGUAGCUGCUCCUUCGGCACACUCCAAGCAGGAAGAGUCUCACUACCGUCACUACGUCCACGAGCGCGUCCGCGAGAAGUCACUCCGCCGUGCAUCCGAACCUCCCACCAUUGAGAAGGCCUCGCCUCCACCACCCGCCCCUCAAGCCAACAUGCCCACCAUGACUUACGGCGCCUUUCCCUACGGUAUGCCCGCCACCGCGAUCCCAGUCGCCUACGCAAUGCCCAACUACCCAGUACCCGUGUACACCGAUACUCCCACAGCAUCGCCCAAACUCAAGACCGAUCGUGUGUGGGUCGGCCGUACUAAGAGACAAGUCGACGAAGACAAUGCCAAGAUUGCACACAAGGAAGGCGUGUACAAGCCCAACGAGAUGGUUCCCAAGGCUGCCUCUCCCGACCAACUGUUUUGGGUCAUUGAGCCUGAUGAUUCGAACACUUUGCGCAACUUUCGCACCAUUGAGGAGGAGCUGUAUCCUGGCAAGUGGAAGGUCGAUCCGAGAUAUGGCAAUGCGUACUUUGUGCGUGACAAGGAGGGGAAGAAGAAGUGA